AUGGGAAAGAAACCAGCAAUUAUUGAUUUACGCAAGGUUUAUCUCCAAUUAAAAACUGAAGAAUCUCUUUGGCCAUUCCAAACAGUGGUUUUUCAAAACAAAAGGUAUUGUUUGACACGGCUUGGUUUUGGAUUAAACGUUGCUCCAAUCAUCAUGAAAUCUGUUGUGAGUACCAUUAUUGAUCAAGAUGAAUUGGUGAAGAGAGGAGCAUCCGCUUACGUGGACGAUGUUUUUGUCAAUGAGGAAGUAGUUAGUCUUGAUUACGUCAAAAGACAUUUUGAAAAAUAUUGUUUAGAGCGUAAAGAAAGUGAACAGAUUGGAUGUAAUGGGGUUCAUAUUUUGGGAUUACGUGUGUACAAGUUGGUAGGUCAUUUACCAGUAUCUGGUUGGUUACGUGCAGUUUGUAGUCUUUUGAAAAGAAGAGUAGUAAGUUUGACGAAGGAUUGGGACAAUGAAGUUUGCGAUGAAAAUUUAAAGGGUGCACUUCAAGAGGUUUAUGAUGAGGUUGCAAAGUGCGAUCCAGCUUAUAGUGAUUGGGCUGUACAUAGUGACGAGGGGAAUGUGUGGGUUGAUGCAAGUUCUUUGGCAAGUGGUGCGGUUAUUCAAGUUGGUAAAACUACUUUAGAAGAUACAACAUGGCUACGAAAAGAAAUGUCUGAAGAUCACAUAAACAUGGCGGAGCUGGAUGCUGUAAUGCGAGGAAUGAGUAUGGCUUUGACGUGGAAAUUAAAGAAAGUAACUAUCUUCACAGAUUCCGUGACAGUGUUCCAAAGGGUCUCUGACGCUCUCACUGGUAAGUCAAGAUUGAAAUCAAAAGCAAUGGGCAAAAUGUUGAUUCGAAAAAGGUUAAGCGUUCUGCAAAAACGUUUUAAAGAAUAUGGUAUAAAUGUGAAUGUAAAACUUGUUCCUUCAAAAGACAACUUAGCUAACGCAUUGACUAGAGUUCAAAGUAGAUGCAUACACAAGAGAACUGGACACUUUGGAGUGAAGCACACUCUAAACUUUGUUCGUCAAGUAAUUCCAACCGCUACCAAAAAUGACGUUAGAAAGGUAACUAAAAAUUGCGAACCAUGUCAGUCAAUAGAUCCAGCACCUGUGCAAUGGGAGAAGGAAAAAUUGAGCGUUAAAGAAAAUUGGGAAAGAGUGGCUAUGGAUAUCAUGAAUUUUUGCGCAGAAAAAUUUUUAACUCUGGUUUAUUGCGGACCUUCAAGAUACGCACUGUGGCGACAACUUUCAAGUUCAUACGGAAGUAUUGCCAUUACUCGAAUACUCCGCCUUAUCUUUUGCAAGCGAGGAGCACCAUCUGAAAUUUUGACAGAUAACGAAGCAACUUUUAAAACUGAGGAGUUGAGAAGUUUUCUUGAUGGUUGGGGAGUGCGCAUUAGGUUUCGAGCUGUUUAUUAUCCCGAUAGAAAUGAAAUUGUGGAAAGAAAUCGUCGUACAAUUAAGAGAAUUGCAUAA